CCUUGUGAAUGGAUGGCGAUGUGCAAGGCUGCAUGGUGAACAACGGCGGCUUCCUCGAUAGAGCUAGGCUGUCACAUCUGUUACGAUGCGUCGAUGAGUUGAACACGGAAAUAAACUGGAAUUCUGACCGAUUUGUUAGGCUAGAUAUUUUAACACGCAAAGGAAUAGUUGGAGUUUCAUCCAAUGUCGAAUUUUGCACUGUGAUGAGGAAAUGAAGGCAGUUAUCCUCGUCAUAAUUACAUUUUGGUUAUUCAAUAAGUCUGCAGCUGAUAAAAAGUACUGCUGGUACUUUGAAGGAGGUUAUCCCAUCUAUUUUAUCUGUAGGUCUUAUGAGGACUGCUGUGAUACCGAGUGCUGUGUACGAGCCCUUUCCAUACAGAAAAUCUGGUACUUCUGGCUGCUGUUACUGCUGGCUAUCCUGUUCUGCUGUGGCGUCGGCUUCUUGUUCCGCAGACGCAUUUACGCCUCGGCCAUUCCUGAAGAGGCCACUUUCGAUGUGUCCUUCACCAGCCAUCCAGUGUCAGCAACAGGGUUGCAUGAGACUGACCUUAACAGCUAUAGAGGACCACAGGGUCUGCUCUUCUCCCCCCCCUACCCAGGGCAGCCCCAUGCUCUUCACCUUUCUGUCCCUUACGCUGCACCACCAGCCUAUAGCAGCCAGCCGCCCCCCUCUUAUGAGCAGGCAGUGAAGGACUCACAGAAGAGAUAGCCCUGCGUGGAGGCUCAAUGCACUCUUUCUCAUGGGCCAGGCAGUAGAGAGUUCAUCCAGUGGUGUGGUUGGAAGACACUUCAUUUUGUUUUGUCUUGUGGACAAGGUUCUUACAAAUGAUUCAGAAGCAAGUAAUUCAGUGUUACUAAAAUUCUACAAAUUACAGAACACAGUGAUAAAGUUGGUCCUUCUUUCAUGCAGCCUCAAUUUAACAUGGAAAGACAUAAGACAUGGCAUUCUUGGGAGAACAUUACUGAUCAUAGCCAUUGUUCAACCAUUGUGGGUUAACAGUAUCCUUUUUAGAUCAUGUUAACUGUUUUGGGCAUACAUUCACUAAUAAACGUUUUCCUUGUUGACACACACACACACACACACACACACACACACACACACAUCAUAUAGAAAGUGGUGAUGAAAAUGUGUACUACUUGUGAAAUACUUUGUGUUUCAGUGGGCUCCCUUGCCAAGUAAAAGGCCAUCAUCUCUCUUCUAAGAUACUCCUUUUAAAGGUAACACGAAAGGAUGAUGAUGAAUGCAAGCACAAGAUAAAUGUGGAGGUGGUGUGUGGUGGUUUAGCCCACAAGGGGUCACUGCAGAUCCAGUAGCUGGGACUCUGCUUCCAUUAAACUGAAUAGCACAACUCACUAUUUCCUAUUUUCCAAAGCUUUUGUGUCUAGUUUUGUUUGAAAACAAUGGACUGUAGAUUUGCCGUAAAGGACGUGCCAUUAAAUAUGUGUGGUUAUACACUGUGUUGGCAGAUUUCAGAGUUCAUUAAACAUACUUCAGUGUACCCUUUAGACAAUAAAUGAAUAGAGAUUAGUAAUAUUUAUUAAUAAACAACAAUUCAACUAUAUUCAGCAUGUGAUUAGAUGUUGUCGUUAUGUUGCCCUACAGCCUGGUAUCCUGGGGAACUAUUUUGUCUAACAAAUGCCCAUUUGAGGAUAACAACACCUCAAAAUGCACAGCUGCAUGUGCAAAGACCGAAAUCCUGCUUAUACUGGUAUCUGGGCAGAAUCAUUUUUUUUCCAUUUUACUUCUUGUGGAAUAUGUUGUUUUAGUGAGAUACAGUAAAUAAAUAGAACUUCAACCAUUUUAUCUAAUAACACCUUAAAAUGUUAUACUACAAUAGUGGAUCAUGUGUAGCAGUAUCUUUGAAACAGAAAUAUAUGCUGAGCAGUCUUUAUUAUUUCCUGCUGUCAUGCUUUGUGAUUAUUUCCCUAGUAAAUAGUAGAAUGUGUAGGGUAGCUGGGCAUAAUUAGAAGCUAAGAUCCAUAAGAAUUGCCUACUAUGACUAGAGAAGAACGCUAAGUGAGACUGUUAAAACAUUAUUUCAACUUCAACUCAAAUACACUUUUUUUGCGAUGUUCCUUCAUGAGCCAGUGGCACAUCUUUAGCAGUCUUUGUGGUUCGGCCAUGAGGUGAUAAUCUGAUCUAUUCUAACUGACAGUGGCUGUGCACGGAGUCGUUCAACGCCAUCUUGUCCACUCCAGAGGGUGUGAAGUGAUUAGCUCAGCAGAACACACCUGCUGUAGUUUCUUGUGGUAUUCCUGGUGAGUUGGACUGUGCGGUUUGACACUCUUACUCACACACUGAUUUAUGAUCACUCGGAUCAAGGAACUACACGGGCAGGAGAGAUAAGGAGUGGCAUCUCCCGAUAGAUUUAAUCUCAACAACAGAUUAAAGACAGUGUAGUAAGUAUGUAAUUUUUGUGAAAUUCAGUAGGUGGAAAUGUAACAUUUGGAUCCACUGAUUUGGCCUGUUAGCAUCCUGAGAUGAGUAAGCUUCCCCAAUCAUGAAGGGCGAUUGAAAGAGGCAGACUGACCCUGCCAUGCCCUUCGGCACGUUAUGACUUAUUUAUAUGGCAGACCUCAUAAAAGUUUGAGUAUUCUCUGGCUAAUGUUGCAUACAGGGCAGGGAACAUGAUAGGCCUGCAAACAAAAGAGAUCUUCUAGCUGACUACCUAUACUUGAGUAAGUAAUGCUGGCCAAUUUUAAGUUGUAUGUCUGCAAUGGAUGUUUAAAGAAGAGGUAGGUUAAUAUUAUGAAUAAAAUAAAACGAAACAUCAUGCAAGCCAUUCAUCAAUUUAUGUUAAUGCCAAGUAUUGAUGCUCAGUAUCUUUGAGUAGAGGUACCGGUAUAAAGACAUUCAUUUUGUACAAGUAUAGGCCUCUUUCAUUUGUCAUAUUCUAAAGUACAAUUGUACCUGUUAUGUAUCUGUUUUCACACAUAUCAGUAACUUGUGUCAUAAACUGUCAUAAAGGCUUUUUGUCUUAGGCUGCUUUAUCUAUAAUAUUUAGUCUAAUCUCUACUAACAGCUAGCAGCUGAUGAAGGACACUACUGUGAUGCAGUAAUGUUGUUACAUUCUAAGUAUUUUUAGUUAUAAACCUCUA